AUUCUCUGCUCGGACAUGAGCGCAAACGCAUACUACACGACGGGAAUGCUGUCGUCUUCUCAGGACGUUUCAGCGGCGUCAUUUCCGGCUGAUUCGACGCCUUUUUAUUCGGCGCCGAAUUUUGACGCUACUUUCUAUCCGCGUUACUAUGAUCGUCAAGACUCGAAAGUGACGUCCGCUUAUCAAAGUUUGGCGUCUUUCGCAACUAGUCAUCCAAACGGUCAAUUUUCGGGCCAACCUGAUAUGCAAGCUGACGUUAUACAGGCUUCGUGUCCACAAUCGACGCUUCCGUAUUUAAGUAAUGGAAUGCCUACUUCUGCUGCUCAUCCCACGCCAAACGGAAUGCAGUCAAAUAUACCGAUCUACAAUUGGAUGAAAGAUUACGGUAUGGAACAGAAAAGAACGCGGCAAACUUACACUCGAUAUCAAACAUUAGAACUGGAAAAAGAGUUUCACUUUAAUAGAUACUUAACAAGAAGACGUCGCAUCGAAAUUGCCCACGCCUUAGGUUUAACCGAACGCCAAAUCAAAAUUUGGUUUCAGAAUAGAAGAAUGAAAUGGAAGAAAGAAAAUAAAUUAGCCAAGUUAACUGGUCCUAACGGUGAAUUGAAAUAUGAAGACAAAAAGGAUCAGGAACAGAAUUCAACUACUCCUAAUAGUUCAUUCACUCAUGUUUCUUCCCCGGCGACUAGUAAUUCUCCCGAAUGAGUAUUCAUCAUAGCAAAACAUAAACUGUUAAGCUUCUCUCUGAAGCGAUUAGAUAUGUAAAAUUGUAUUGUUGCUGAAUUUUGCUUUGGUAUUGUGAGAAAAGUAUUGAAACGAAAGGGUAAACUUAAAAUCAAAGCAAACGGUUGCGACAUUUAACUGUUAUUGCCUUUCCCUCUCUUAAUAACACACAUGACAAUUCUUCCGAAUUCUCAGGGAAACAGAAUAAAUUCCU